AUGGAGGAUCUAUGGAAGAGGGCGAAGUCGUUCGCGGAGGAAGCAGCGAAGAAGUCUCAAACGAUCACAUUACAAUCAUCCUCAACGACGCUCGCUAACCUCGUCUCGGAGACGGCGAAGAAAUCGAAGGAACUCGCUCUCGACGCGUCAAAGAAAGCGGAUCAGCUCAACGUGUCCGGAUUCGUGGCGGAGACGGCGAAGAAGUCGAAAGAGUUCGCGGCGGAGGUUUCGACGAAGGCUGAUCAGCUCAAGGUCGCGGCGUUGAAGCAAGCGGAUCAGAUCCAGAAUAUUAAGUCGAUUGCUGAUAUUGUCGCAUCUCCUCAGCUUGCGUGGUCUGGAUCGGGAUCUGUGGUAUCUGAAACGGAUCUGAUUAGUUUUGGUAUUACGGAUGAUUUGAGAGAGUUUGUUAAAGGAUUAACGUUUGAUACCUUUAAGGCUUUUCCCGUACAAGAUGAAUCGGCGGAAGUUUCUGAAGUGGCAACAACGAGUGAGGCGAAUGUACGGAAGGAUCUAUCGGAGUGGCAGGAGAGACAUGCCACUCUUGUUCUUGGCUCUGUCAAGCAAAUUUCGAAGUUGAGAUAUGAGCUAUGCCCGCGAGUCAUGAAAGAGAGGAGGUUCUGGAGGAUAUACUUCACCUUAGUCAGCACUCAUGUUGCACCAUACGAGAGGAAGUACAUGGAGGAACUUAGGAACAAAGAAGAGAGUAAAGAGGAAGAAGCUAAGAAGACUCCAGGAGUUGGAGGGACAGAAACAGCUGAUAAGAAUGUGACAAUAAAUAGGACUUCUACUGUAUCUUCUGAGAAGGAUCUCGAUACAUUCCUCUUAGGAGAUCUAGAGGACAGUGACGAAGCUCCUGAUGAUGAUGGUGAUGGAAACCUGGAUGAGGAUUACUUUAAUAAGAAUGGUAACUCUGAUGUUGAAGAAGGAAAAGAGGAGAUUAAAUCAGCAAACUAG